AGUCCAGUUUGUUAGUUUGGUAUAUACUGAUAGUUAAUGAUAAAAGAGCUGUGAUAUGCUCUGUUAUUGCCUCCUAUUUUGGAGGGUGUGAUCAGGGUUAAGCCCUGUGGGCGUACCCGUGGGUUAGAAAAGCUUGUGGCUGUGGAUAAAUAUGGCUUUUAGAAGAUAAAAGGAGAUUGCGAACACAUACGUCCGUUUUUUCCAGAAGUAGCUAAUAUUGUGAAGUUGGAGUACGGGGAAAGCUGUGUUUAGGGGAAUUUGUUUGUUUGACAUGAAAAAUGGUGCUAAAGUUGCCAGUUUAGAACAUUUUGAGCAAUUCUUCUGUUUGAGUUAUCAGUAAUUAUUAGGCUAAGAUGAAGAUGUGGUCUAUGAACCAAGAUCAAGAUGCUGCCCGUGGUUCUGUUUACAAGUGUAGUAGAAAGGGUUGUCAUUUUUACUUGAUCUAACGUUUCUUUCCACCCUAUUACUCGUUAUCAAAACCAUCUUCCCGGAUUUGUGACGAUUAUUCUCAUGAAAUCAUUUGUUGACUCCCAUGCUCGUUUGUAGGAGACCAAACUGGCGACAAAUGUCGCCAAUCACUUUUAUUUGAACUUAUAAUAGAUGUUUAUCGAAAUGGGGAAGAAAGAAAUUUGAUCUGGUAAUCGAAUCAUUACCUGCAUCGGUAAUGUCAUCAUCCAAAAUUAACCUGAGUUAUCCAUCUUGAGUAUUUCGAACACAUUUAACAUGGAAAUGUUUGAAGUUUGAACUGUUCUCUUUGCUGAUUGUAGUGCUUUAGGUUAUGAUUUUGUUAUCAACUCAUGCACCCCUAGAAGAUCAAUCAACCAAUGACGUGAGCAUUGGGCAAAAGAACAAAUUAAACCUCUGUAAGGAGAGGCAAAGCGAUGGGUGAUUCACGUUGGAGAAAAGAGGACCAAGAGAUUACCUGCUAAGGAAAAUUAUGGGAAAAACAAGGUGACAAGACACUGAUCAAGAUUUGUUAGUAAGAACACCAAGAUGUGACCAGCCCCACCAUUAGAAGGAAGCCAGCAAGUGCCUGUAGUUGCUGAUGGAUUUCUGGAAAGGAGAGUUUGGAAUUGUUGUCAUCACUUGGUGUAUUGUUAGUUGGUCACCCAACCUGUUCUGCAGCAGCAGCAGCAGAUGCAAUUUUAUGAGACGGAUGAAGAGGUAGAACCCAUUGAUUCAUGGGAAGAAGAAGAUGAUGCUGAGCCUGAGAUUGGCGAUGGAGGGGAUGGUGGUGGAUUUGUUUUACAAAAUUGCCAUUGGGGUGAACGUGCUCUAUCACUAGCCCAUGAGGUCCUCCUGCAUUUUGGGGAUGGCAUGGAACUCUUUUCUUUUAAGACGACUCCUCGGGGAUACAUCUAUGUGAGACUAGACAAACUCGCACAUGAAUAUGGGUGUCCGAGUAUGGACGAGAUUGAGAGUUACAGCCGCCAAUACAAAAAAAGAUUAGACGAAGUUGGAGCGUCUGGAGAAAUACCCGAGGAUUUGGCUCUUGAGGUAUCGUCUCCCGGUGCAGAGCGGCUACUGAAAGUACCAGAUGACUUGUAUAGGUUCAAAGACAUGCCUAUGAGAGUAGAUUAUAUACAAGACCUAGAGGCUAGAUCCCCCGAAAAGUUUGGGGUAUUUUACCUGGAAUCGAUUGAAACUGAAACAGGGAGAUGUGUAUGGAGGCUGGCGGACGUGAAGGAAAACAGAGACCCAUCGGCGAAAGGAAGACCAUUAAGCCGUAAGCUGAAGGAUUGGAGAUUAGAUCUUCCCUAUGCUAUGUUUAAAAGGGUAACUUUGUACCUUGAUUACUGAUUUUAUGAAGAUUAAAUUUUCGUCGUAAUGCAUUAAAUGGAUAGUAGCUGAAUGGAAUGAAUAUUUGAUCAGCUUUAGGUUGGGCCUUGAUAGGACCCCUCUCUAUCCUGCUUGGACUGCUAUGAAUGAAAAAAUCAAAGUGCCAAUUUGGCCUAUCAUGA